AUGUCAGCUGAUGUUCUGUGGAAACCAUCCCAAGUGGGUUUUAAUUUUCCAAGCUUGAACCAGCCAGUCUCUGUUCCUCAGCGGGUGAUGGCUGCACCAAAUAGUGGAUCAGCUACACAUAAAAUGAAUCAACUUCAAUUUAAUCUUGGAGUGCCAACAACUGCUGAUCAGUUUACAACAAGGUUUAGAAAACCCCAACCUAUUGUUAUAGAAAAAUUAGGUGACCAGAAUCAAACACCACAGUUGUUACCUCAAAGGCGUGUAACUACCCCGGUUGUUUAUCCUGUUGUGCCAUCUGUGUCAUCAUCUAUCACAAGUGACCGACUUGCACUAGCAGUUCAUUUGGCCAAGAAAGAUGUUAGAAAGGUGAAAGAAAUUGGAACGGAGAAUGUUUUAGUUUCACAAGAAGAAGAAACAAAGAGAAGGCAUUUUGCAGUCACAGGCAAAAAUAUGGGCGUUGGGAAAAAGAAUAGGGUAAAAAGUAUGAAAUCUAAAUCACAAGCGGCAAUAUCAGAAGAUAAACCUACUUUGCGUGAAAGGGUUCAUAGUGCUGUAAAGAAACAAGAGGCAGAAGCGAGGAAGCAGUAUAAAAUGUACUUUUAUCCAGCUGCAAGGGAAGAUGAUGAAUUUGAGUCAGAUGGGGAAAGGACACAAGCUAAUGAAAUUAGAAAACUCCGCAAAGAGCUCCAUCAAUAUAUGAAACAAAUGGAAAGUUUGAAAGAUGAGAGACCAGAAAUGUUGAAGAACAAAGACAAAAGGUUAAAGAAAAGAAAAGAGGGUGAAGGAAGGCUUGCAGAUGAAGAGGUAGAUGAACGCCAAGUAGUGAGGGCUGAAGAACAAGCUGCCAGAUCAGCAAGGAUGCUUUAUGUACUUCAGAGACAGGUGCGUGAGAUUGAGGACGAGUUAAACAAAAAGAAAAGAGGGAUAAAACAUACAAAAAAGAGCCAGACUCUAAGCCGCUUGGCAGCAGCUCACAGGGGAGCAGUUAGAGCAUUGCAGACAUUUGUCAGCCAGGCUCCUCUCCAGCCUAAAGUUGGCCAUGGCUCGCCACCAAUGUACCAGGAACUGUCUGCCCUCAUUAGACAGUUGUCACUUUUGGCAGCACAGUUGCACAUCAGUGGGGAAGAUUUCUCUGAUGAAGUGAAGAGAGAAAAAGUUCAAGAUGAAAAGGAUGAGCCUGAUGAAGAAGAGGUUGCAUCGAGAGUAAUUGGCAGAACUCCAGAAAAAGCGAGUGCAUUUAUCCAGGAAGUAGCUGACAGAAAGCCUAAGGGAACAACCAUACCAAGAUCUCUCCUGAAACAAGUUGUGACAAGUUCUCCUGACCCUACCCCUGAAAGAGAUGCUGUUCUGCAGGCUGGGCUUUCUGCACUCCUUAGAGUCAAGGACACUCCAGUUCAGACACCUGUGGUAAAACCAAAGUUCCAAAUGAGACCUGCCGUUCAAGUGGAAAAACCAGUCAAACAGGCUUCGAAGAAAUCACUGUUAUUACCUGCUAAGCUAAAGCUUCAGCGUCAGAGAGCUUUUCAGACAGCCAAGAGAGUGAAACUGCUUCAAGAUGUAGACCAAGCUCACUUUGCCAAAGAAACUGUUGCCUCCAUACUGAAAAAGGCUCCUCCAGUAGUGGGGCAUCAGCCAGUGGCCCAAUCUAGGACACCACCCAGAACACCUACAAGAGAAGGCCCUCAUACUCCUGAGAGAGUGCAUUUUCAAGGUCCACACAGUCUGUCCCCUAGAUCACACAGAAGGCAAUGUGAAACUCAGCUACAAAGUCCAACAAGUCCGAAGUAUUUCCGUAGACAUCUUCCAACUGACCAGGAGCUGAUAGAAAGAGAGGUGGCCAGGCAAAGAUGGCUUGACGAAGAGGCAGAACGAAGGAUUCGUGAUUUGGAACGAGAACGAAGACUUGAAGUUAUGCAGCGACAUCGAAGAAGUCCAGACGUUUCACUGCCAAAGCGAUUGAUAUGUGAGACAGAAGACGCCAUUAGAUCUCGACUGAAACCGCUCUUGGAUCGAGCAGAGGCGAUAGCGGAAACACAGGCGAUAAGAGAAGAAGAGCAAAAGAAAUCAUUACAGCAUCAGCUUGGGAAACUUGCCUCUCAGACAACAAUGAACCAAGCGGACAUUUUGGCCGAAAAAGUUCUCGAUGAUAUUUUAGAAGAUACAGUUCUUGAAAUGCAAAGAUUAGAGAUCGAAGACGACGUUGAAAUGCAAGCUGAUGAUUUGCAAAACAGUUCAUCCUUAGAUAAUAUUCUUCAGAGACUGCAGAGUUUCGAGAAAGCCGAGGAGGAGAUAAGACAACAUUGGGUUCAAGUGAAUUAUGCAGAUGUUGAAAAUUCCACAGAAAAACACCACACUGAGAAAAGAACUCGACCAGCUAAGGAUCCGAAACCGAUCAUGUUUACAAGGCCCGUGGAAACCGAAAGCCACCGACUGUUACCGGAAAACACCCGAGCACCUCCCGACGACGAUGGACGAAGUGUCAGAAGGCCAUUCAAACUGUUGAAUGAAAUUAGUGCAGCCAGUAGCUUUUCCUCCCUAAUGGAAGCAUCGACAGAGCGCUCCUCUGCUCAAAGCUCCAUAUACAAGAGUCCUCAAAAUAGCUCAGCCCCACAAAGUUGGCCCCUCACUUCUGGCACACGACCUACAGUGUUCCUUAGUGUGCCUAAGGAGAUGAAAGCCAGUAUAGUGUCCUACAGGAAUCGAUUCAACAAAUAUCUUCAGGACACUUCUACUCACGAGGAAGGAACAUUUGACCCGUGGGGACUGGUAAACAGGAUCAGUGAGGAGUUGUUAGAAGAUGCUUUGCAAGAAGUUGGUCAUGAGCUUGAUGAUGUGUGUGAUGAUUACGCCGAGGCCUUGUAUAACCAGGAAUUUGUUUCAGUCAGCUCAGACACGUGAUCAAUGUCUUCCUUCCUUCAUAUUUAGGAAUGCAAUCCUCAGGAAAUAAUACAGCCUGUUUAAUUGGACUUCAGCGUGCAGUUCCAAGGAUUUUACGUCGUCUGCUGCGAUGGCAACUAUUCACGUUAGAAAUGCUGUUAUAUGACUGGCUCAAUAAAAUACAACCAAGUGUUGAAUUCAAUUACAUGAAUUAAGUCAUUGUGAAUGGAGUUUCAUCCUCUUUCCGACACUUUACGUCGCGUAAAUCCCAUCUCUGGCCACAUUAUAAACGUAUAAAUAUGGAGCCUUUGGAGGCACCUCCCUAUCUCUCGAAGAAAG